UCUCACCAUCUAAAGGUAUUAUAAUACUACUGCAGCAGAGACCAGACUGUCCAGGACUCAGUAUGUCAGGACCCAGACAGAACCAGACAGACCCAGUAAAUAGUAAGGAAAGAGGAGAGUCCUCUGAGUCAGAUGUUUCCACCAGGAUUGAAUCUUUAAAUGACUGCAUCAAACAGUUGGAAGAAUUUCUGUCGUCUCUCAGACAGGAGAAGGAAAGUGGAGAUUCCUCUGAUUCUGAUGUUUCCACCAAGAUUGACUCUUUCAUGGACAGCCUGGAACAGUUGCAAGAAUUUCUGUCUUCUCUCAAGUCCUCUGACUCCAGUGUGUCCAUCAGGAGUGAUUCAAAAAAAUACGUCACAGAUUUCAAAAGAAAACACUCCUCUCUCAGGGUUGAUGGAUCAAAAAAAUCCCCUGCUGAUUUCAAACAAAGACACUCCUCUCUCAGGAGUGUGGACAGUGUGAGGUCCUGUGACUCUGGUGUUUCCUUCAGGAGUAAUCAAUCAAAAGACAGCUUACCUUAUUUCAAAGGAAGCCUGUCCUCUCUCAGGAGUGUGAACACUGUGAGGUCCGAUGACUUCGAUGUUUCCUUCAGGAGUGAUGAGUCAAGAGACGACGUCAUUGAUUUGAAACAAAGACAGCCCUCUCUCAUAAAGAUGAAGGAAACUGGAGAGUCCUCUGAUUCUGAUGUUUCCACCAAGAUUGAUUUUUUAAUGGGACGCAUGGAGCAGAUGGAAGAACUUCUAAUCUCUUUCAGUUUGUCCACAACAAGGAGAGAGGACAGUGUGAGGUCCUAUGACUCUGGUGUGUCCUUCAGGAGUGAUGGGUCAAAAAAAUGCGUCUCUGAUUCCAAAGGAAAACACUCCUCACUAAGGAGUGUGGACAGUGUGAGGUCCUGUGACUCUGGUGUUUCCUUCAGGAGUGAUAAGUCAAAAGACGACUUAACUUAUUUCAAAGGAAGCCUGUCCUCUCUCAGGUCGGACAUUUCUUCCUUAUUGAAGGAUCUAGAUGUUGCAGAUGAUUUGGUCGAGUCUUCAGACGAUCAAGCUGGACAGAGAAAUGUGGAGCAGGAGGUUCCUCCAGAUCCUCAGAGGACCAGUGAGGACAGUGUUGAGUCCUCUGACUCCGCCGUGUCAAUGAAAACUGACCUCUCUCCCAGGCAGCAACAUGAUGCUGCAAAGAGAAAAUGGAGACAUGCGAAGGAGAUUUUUCCCUGAAAAGAAAAAUGCAGUGGAACUGAAACAUUAAUGAGUCUUCCAUCAGAAGCUUCAACUCUCUAUCAACCUGCCUGCUGCUGCUUCAACUCAUUGUUGAAACAUACAUAAUGUUUAGAUGAUUUAAUAAUACCAGAAAAUAUUUUAUUUAUCCCUCAGUGGGGAAGUUCAGUCGUCACAGCAGCUUCAGAUACAGUUUUCAACGAUGUAAAAAUAAAAAAUAAUAAUCAGCCAAAAUAGUCCAAAAAAUAAAAUAAAAAAAGCCCAAAAUGACUGAAAUCUUUUUCUAUGCUGUCUGAAAGAAUGUUCUUUGACAAAUAGGCUUAUUUAUGUUAUUUCAUCAAUCGUUUUUUUGAUAGUCUGUGUCUUACUGAAGUUUGAAUGUCUCAAAUUUACAGUUAUGCCAAUAUUCAUAGUUAUAGUUAUAUUUAAAUGUAUUUAUCUGAUAAAAGUCUACAUGACCACACUGUGAAAUUCUCUGUGCAGCUCUCAGACUGUCCAGUUCAAAGUUAAUGAAGAGUUUCUGUUUAAAGUCUUCUCUCAGUCAGUGUUUGUACCUGCACUUUAAAGCCCACCCUGAUUUAAAGUCCUCUUUAUCCCAGCUCUUCAUUUCUUACGCUCAAAAUGCUUCUAAAACCUCUGUUGGAUUAUUCUGUU